GACGUGUACUUGAACGGUGCGUUCCCUCGGAAAAUAAUCUUUCCAACACCCUUUCCCCAACAUUAAUAACUGUUUGAUUCCGGCGCAGAGCAGCGAAUCGUUCUGCUUGCCUGCUUGCAUCGCGACUCUUUGGUGUUAACGGUGUUUUCUCUAUGUGGCGUGACGACGUGCCCUGUGUCUGAGUGAUCGACGAGAAAAGCAAAAGAAAUCAGAGAAAAAAAAACCUCGCUCGAGGUUUAGUGCAAGAGGAGUGUGCAUUGGAAAACAAGAUUUUCCAUCAUCAGCAUCAUCGGCAGCAGUGUUGUGCUUUUGUGUGCCUCUUAAGGAGUCUUGCCUGGUGGUGAUUCGAGUUCGUAGUGUCCAUAACCGGGCAGCCGCAUCAUUCGGACUGCAUCCGGAUUCGAGAAAAGCAAAGGACGUGCCGCUUGCCUGUGUCACGGUGUUGGUGUGCUUUGGGGGCAAAUUUUCCACGGAAAAACUCCACCAAAAAAACCGUUAUAUUCGCGGCGUGUGAUUGUGCCAACCAAGCUUGGCGACGGAGAAAAUUGUGUUUUGCGAAAAAUCAAAAAGGAAAAAAAUCAAUACCAAGCGUGGUGUAUCGUGCGCUUAGUGCUUGUGUGGAGUGAGAAGCGUUAAGCUCUUGCCAUCAGCAACAACAACACCGACAACAACGACGCUGACGACGACGACGGUGACAGCUAUCAUCAUGCUCUACCGGGACGGUUUAUGAUAAACCAAUUCUCGGUUAGCGCGCGUGGUGCGGAGGUCCGCGGAGGUGUGUGAUGUCCACCACCGUCGACGCCGUUUUGCGAUCCUGAGAUCCAGCGCAAACAGAAGAAAAAAGAGAGUGUGUCCGUUUACGUGCCCCGGAUGUGUGUCACAAGCGGAAGAAGGAGCGUGAAGAAGAAGUGCGUCGACAUCGUUUGUCGAAUUUCUGAAAGAAAAAAGAUGUGUCCUCCAAGCACAAAAAGCAGCCGUAGUGUCCGUGGUGACGGUGUCGACAGUAGUAGCGUCAGUUGGAGGAGAAAGAUGAGCUCCCAGAUGGUGAUGGUGGUGAUGGUGGCGCUGGUUAUGUUGGCCACAGUGACCGGUACGGUGACCGCCUCCCAGUGUACGUGGGAGUACGAAAAGUCGAGUGUCGUGUGCCGGUUACGUACGCUCGAGCGUACCGGGUUGGAUCUGCAGGGGGCCGAGGGCACAUCCCGGCUCGACAUCGAGUGCAGUGAGUUGAUUCUGUUCGAGAGUCAACUGCCGCGAAACGCUUUCGCCCGGUUGGCCGGGCUUAGCGAGUUGCGGCUUGAGUCGUGCAAGUUGCUCCAGCUGCCGGAAGCCGCAUUCGAGGGGUUGGUGGCACUGAAACGGCUCUCCGUCAAUACGCACAACUACGAGUGGGGUCCGGGCAAGGUGCUGGAACUGCAACCCAGCUCGAUGCAGGGCCUGAAGGAGCUCCAGUCGCUUGAUCUGAGCGACAACAAUAUGCGUGCCCUGCCGGACGGUUUCCUGUGUCCGCUGACCGGCCUGAAGGUGCUGAAUCUCACCAACAACCGGUUCCGGGGUGCGGAGAGUCUCGGGCUGAUCGAGAAAACGUGUGCCGGUGGAUCGGAGCUUCAGUCGCUGAAUCUCGGUUACAACGAGAUCCGGGCACUGCCGGAAAACUGGGGCGUCUCGAAGUUGCGCCGCCUGCAGCACCUUAACCUCGAGUUCAACAACAUCUCCGAGGUGCACGGGGAAGCCCUGGCCGGGUUGAGCUCGCUCCGGACGCUCAACCUUAGCUACAACCACCUGGAAACGCUACCGAGCGGUAUGUUUGCUGGUUCGCGAGAUUUGCGCGAGAUUCAUCUGCAGGGCAAUCAGAUCUACGAGCUGCCCCGUGGGCUGUUCCAUCGGUUGGAGCAACUGCUGGUGCUGGAUCUGUCCCGGAACCAGCUCUCAUCGCACCACGUCGACAACGGAACGUUCUCCGGGUUGAUCCGGUUGGUGGUGCUGAAUCUGGCACACAACGCACUAACCCGGAUCGAUGCACGGACGUUCAAGGAGCUGUACUUUCUACAGAUACUGGAUCUGCGGAACAACUCGAUCGGUUACAUCGAGGACAAUGCAUUUCUGCCGGUGUACAAUCUGCACACACUGAAUCUGGCCGAGAACCGGCUGCACACGCUCGAUGAUCGAUUGUUCAAUGGGCUGUUUGUGUUGUCGAAGCUGACACUCAACAAUAACCUGAUCAGCAUCGUGGAACCGAAUGUGUUUAAGAACUGUUCCGAUUUGAAAGAGCUCGAUCUCAGCUCGAACCAACUGACGGAGGUACCGUACGCGAUUCGCGAUCUGUCGAUGCUGCGAGCGCUCGAUCUGGGUGAGAAUCAAAUUUCACGGAUCGAGAACGGGACGUUCUCGAACUUGAACCAACUGACCGGGCUGCGGAUGAUCGAUAACGCGAUCGAGAACAUUACGAUCGGAAUGUUUACCGAUUUGCCACGGUUGUCGGUGUUGAAUCUGGCCAAGAACCGGGUGCAGAACAUUGAGCGCGGCUCGUUCGACAAGAAUCUGGACAUUGAGGCGAUCCGGUUGGAUGGGAACUUUCUGACCGAUAUUAAUGGGAUCUUUGCGACGCUCUCGUCGCUGUUGUGGCUCAACCUGGCCGAAAACCAUCUGGUGUGGUUCGAUUAUGCGUUCAUCCCGAGCAAUCUGAAGUGGCUGGACAUUCACGGGAACUACAUCGAAUCGCUCGGUAACUACUACAAGCUGCAGGAGGAGAUUAAGGUGAAGACGCUCGAUGCCAGCCACAACCGGUUGACGGAUCUGGGACCGAUGAAUGUGCCGAACAGUGUGGAGCUGCUGUUUGUGAAUGAUAAUCACAUUGGGACGAUCCACGCGAAUACGUUCAUCGAUAAGGUUAAUCUUGCGCGGGUGGAUUUGUACGCGAAUUCGCUGAAAAAGUUGCAGCUGCACCAGUUGCGGGUAGCACCGGCUACGAUGGAGAAACCACUGCCCGAGUUCUACCUCGGCGGUAAUCCGUUCGAGUGUGAUUGUUCGAUGGAGUGGAUGCAGCGCGUGAACAAUCUGACGACGCGACAGCAUCCGAAGAUUAUGGAUCUACCGAACGUGGAGUGUAUUAUGCCGCAUGCCCGGGGAUCACCGAUCCGGCCGAUCGUGUCACUGAAACCGAAAGACUUCCUGUGCCGGUACGAGACGCACUGUUUCGCCCUGUGCCAGUGCUGUGAUUUUGAUGCGUGCGAUUGUGAGAUGACGUGUCCGACGAACUGUACGUGUUAUCAUGAUCUGACGUGGGGUACGAACGUCGUGGACUGUGGUGGUGGUGCAGCGGCUGUUCAGGGUGGUGCUCCGGGUGGUGAACGAUCACCCAGGCCCGUGCCGAUGGACGCCACGGAGGUGUACCUGGAUGGGAACGAGUUUCCGGAGCUACAGAACCAUGCGUUCAUUGGACGGAAGAAUCUGAAGGUGCUGUACGCCAAUGCGAGCCGUAUUGUGUCGAUACAGAACCGCACGUUCGCCGGGCUGACCGCACUCCAGGUGCUCCAUCUCGAGGACAACGCACUCCAGCGGAUACAGGGAUACGAGUUUGAGAAUUUGGCCGUCCUGCGGGAACUGUACCUCCAGAACAACGCCCUGCAGAGCAUCGCAAACAACUCGUUCGCACCACUGUUCUCGCUGCAGGUGCUCCGGAUCGACGGUAAUCGGUUAACGACGAUUCCGAUGCUUCAACUGCAGGCGAAUCAGCUGCAAAGUCUGCAGGCACUGUCACUCGGUCGCAAUCAGUGGAGCUGCCGGUGUCGGUUCCUGCAGGAGCUGACCACGUUCGUGGCGGACAAUGCCGUGAUCGUGCAGGACAUGCAGGAUGUGUACUGUGUCGACGAUGGUGUGCACCGGGAGCUGGACUUUAAUGUGAGUGCCGCGUGUAGUGACUUUUAUGCGGGGCGUUCAGUGCUACCGGAUCGGCUGUCCGAUACCUACAUCUUCCUGUUGGCCCUUGCCCUUAUCGUGACCUGCCUCCUGUUGUUUGUGCUGCUGAUGUUCAUCUUCCGGGAGCCGCUGCGUUUCUGGUUGUUCUCGCGCUACGGUGUCCGUGUAUUUGGGCCGCGGUGUGAAGAUUCCGAGAAGCUGUACGAUGCCAUCCUCGUGUACUCGGCCAAGGAUGCAGAGUUUGUGGCACGUCAGCUAGCGGCAGAGCUGGAAAAUGGACGACCACCGUUGCGGUUGUGUUUGCAGCACCGCGAUCUACCGGAGGAUGCAUCGCAUCUGCAGCUACUCGAGGCAUCACGGGCAUCUCGUCGUAUCGUGAUGCUGCUGACCCGGAACUUCCUGCAAACCGAGUGGAGCCGGUGUGAACUGCGACGAGCGAUCCAUGAUGCGCUCCGUGGACGCCCUUACAAGCUGGUCGUGGUGGAGGAAGGUGGUGUCCUGCUAGAGGCCGAAAACGAUGUCGAGCUGUUACCGUACCUGAAGACGACGACGGUGACGCAGGUGAAACGUGGUGAUCGACAUUUCUGGGAGAAGCUACGGUAUGCGCUACCGGUUGAGGCGCCUUACCGCGGCAACAACUACACGAUCGACCAUCACGAGCGUAUCAAGCAGACGGGCGGUGCAACGGCCGGUGUUCUGUUCCGGCAGGCACCCCCCGCGUACUGUCCGGAGAUUGACGAAGCGAACUACUCGUCGGCAACGACGGCCACACCGAGUCCACGGCCAUCGCGUCGCGGUAUGGUCGAGAUCCCCCAUCGGCCACCGAGUGAGCACAUCUACUCGAGCAUCGACUCCGACUACAGUACGCUCGAGUGUGAGAACAUGGUGCCUGGGGUGCAUCGGCCAUCGUGGCGUCAGGGAUCAUCGGCAGCAGCAGCAGCGGCGGCCGCUGCGGCCGCUGCAGCCGCCCAGCACCAGCAGCAUCAGCAGAGUCACAUGAUACCGAAUGGAGCAGCGGGAGGUAUGGCAAUGGGAGUCGUCAGUGGUGGUGGCGUUGGAGGAGGUGGUGUUACCGGACCGAACGGAACGAUCCAUCCGCACGGUCACCACGUACAGGCGUAUCUAGUUUAAGAAGAGCUUUUUUCCCGGCGAGAGCGUCAUCUCGUACACACGCGCGCAGGAGUCACAGUUAGUCAAUGUGUGGAUAUCGAAUCUGUUUGAUGAGUGAUGGUGAUGGCCACAAGGACACACUCGCGAGCGCAACAAUAAUGGCCACAGGCAGCAGCAGCAGCUAGCAGCUAGGAGUUAGGAAGAGGUCUCAACGGAGGAGCUUCAUUCUGCGUGCGCUUGUUUCGUUGUAUAGCUUUACCCCCUGAGGUCGUCCUUUCGAUACGCUCCAUGAUGGUCAUGAUGAUGCAUGUGUUGUGUUGAGGGCUCGAGUCAUCUGUGUCACAAAGUAUUAAUUGUAAAGAAAAAAGGAGGUGAGAGGGAACGUUGUUGCAUUGUGGGUCGCAUGUGUGUCUCGGUGUAUGUGCGAACAUGCAGACCACACAGAACGGGACGAAACCCCAAGAAGAGGCCACAGUCGUCGUCGCGUUCGUCGUGUGGCUAAAACUAUUUGUGAUAUCGUAAUUGAUAAGUUUUAAUGUGUAAUGUCGUAUCGGAAGCUACUACUACUAUUACUACCGCCGCUAUUUGGGUUGAGACAGACGGAGAAGACCGGUUCCCCCUUCACACACAAGAACACAAAACAUGCACAUGAAAAGCUCCCCAAAUUCCUUACGCCAGCUGGCAGCAACAGCAGCAGAGCAUAGCCGACACUAGCGCGAAAGAGGGAGUAGUCAGAAGAGAAGUUAGCUGUUAAGUAAUGCAAGUGAAAGACACACGUACACACUGUAGACACACAUACACACAGAGGAAAGGAUGGCGCCUCAAUUGCAUUUUAAUUAUACGUUUGCUUGCCUUCGUAUAUUCCCUUAUGCUACCACUACUUCUCGUUCCUUUUUCUUUUUUGUUUCGCGCGAGGAUAAUUAACACUAAAUGGUGCUUCAUACCAUCACCAACAUAUCCUUUUCCUGUGGCCCUUCAGUAAGAGAAUCAGUGUGUCAUAUGUUGACGGUCUCUGGGACAUCCAUUUUGGUUCCUGGGCCCCAGGUGUGAUGGAUUCCUCAACUCAAUUCGUUCCGAUGACGUGUUUCUGUGUUGCUGUGCGUGCUGCGUGUUCCCCCGGUUGCUAGGAACAGUUUGCGUGCUACUGCUGUCACGGAGUGUAAUUAUUAUUUAAAAUAUUUAUUUUACUUUCCUAUUUAAUCGAGCCAGCAUCGAGCAGCUCGUGUCCUGUGGCAGGAAGAAGCAGCAUAAUACCAUCCCUCUUACACCUCCAAUUCACUUACCUACUGCAUUGCAAAAUGCUCACAGAUGUAGACGCCAGAAACGAAGGAUUUCUCUUGAAGAAUUACCAUAGAAAACAUACAUUACACCUUCGCCCUCCCCCACCCUCCAACACUCCUUCACAAACACACUGAUACGCACACAAGAGGAUGACUGAGCCUCACGCACUGCGAAGCCGUGAGCGACCUUUGCCUAAAACGAGUAAAGCUUACCAAGUUAAAGUUGAUAGAGAAGAGAUAAAACAAUUGAUAAGCGCUGCGAUAAGCGACAAAAACUGCGAGAAACGAAAGAAAGUCAAAUGAAAUAUUGUAUAAAACACACACGCUAAGAUAGAGUACGGCAAGGAGUUGAAGUUGUAAAUAGGUUGGAGAGGAAAGUGAGAAGCGGCGCGAAAAGCGAUUGUAACAUAUGGAAAAUGUAAAAAGGAAGAAAACGCGCACUGAACGAUGGCAAAUGCUAGGUAUCUCUCUAUCAGACUGACUAGUGUGUAGCGGAAGAGCAGAGUACAGGAAAGAGGAAGGAAACGAAAAUCGAAAGAACAAAAUCCCCCGGUGAACGAAAUGCGAAAUCCCCAACUCCCCCCAUUAUUACCAAUAACCACCCUCCGCGUGUUAGUGCGCGCAAACGUAUAUGAAAUGAGUUGACAAAUGAAGUAAAGUAAUAGACACAACAGAAAACCAACUAACAAACACGCUAUAGAAAGAAAGAGAGAGAAUCAGAAAUGCGAAAGAGUUGCUAACGGAAUUAGGAAGCCGAAAUCUUGAGACAAAACAAACAUGUAUGUGAACGCAAACAAACUCCUAAAAACUUGAGCCAGCAGAGCGCAAAAGUAGUAGAGAUAGAGAACGAGGCAGAGGGAGCGAAAAAGAGAGAGAGAGAGUGCAACAUAUUGUUACAGCAAACCUUGUAAAUAUGGAAAGAGUAUGAAUGAAAAUAAAAGAAAACAAA